AUGAAGGAUAGUGAAAAUUUCCAGAAGGCUGAGGAAUUUCUUUUUAACUGGUUGGAUUCAAAUCCGUCCAUUCUUAUGAAUUACAUUUACUCACAUGCGUCACAAAAUGUAAUCGAGGAUUUAGUGCGUGUCUCGACCUUCAAGAAGUCCAAAACUUUACUUCCCUCUCAAAAUUGCACAACUCGUAUGAAUUCAAUUACUGGACCUCAAUCUAUUUACGAUUUGCCAAUUCGUAAAAUUAGCAGCAGUGAAUUUGAACCCCUUGCUUACCAUCCAAUCUUAUCAACCAGUCAAUGCGGUUUUCAAUCUUUCCUUUCCUCUCCAUCAGUUCCAAGUAUUUCGCAACUGUCUGAUGGACUUCAACAAGUUGCAUCUGAAGCAGCUUCAAUCGAUUCCGCAGGCAUUCAAACUAAUGGAGGUUUGGAACAAGUUGAAAAGGCUGAAGGAAAAAAUUCCCUUGCUGUCAGCUUCGCCGAAUUUUAUUCCAGCGAUAUGUUCCAAGAACUAGUUCUCGAUAUUUGGCAUGAUUCAGAUCUUUCUUCUUUAUGCUUCAAGAUUCUUCGAAAUACUUGCCUCCUUUUGAACGCAGAUAGGGCGUCUCUUUUCCUAGUAGAAGUUAAUUCCUCAACGGGAGAACGUUUUCUUGUUAGUCGACUCUUUGAUGUCACAGCUAAAAGUGUCUUCGAAGAUGUAAUGAGCAAAUCGUCACAGAAGUUACUAUCUUUACCAUUUGGAAUAGGCAUAAUUGGCUGGGUUGCUCAAACUGGCGAAGGUGUCAAUAUUUCCAAUGCAUACGAGGUCAGUUUUAACUUAUUUAUUGCAAAAAAACUUACUUAA